AUGGCGCCCCCUCCAGAACAUCAACAGCAGCAACAGAGCGCCAAAAAAUCAAAGGCUUCUAUACCCAAUGACACGGUAGACUUGACAAAAGUCAGAGCUUAUGCUGCUUGUCGGUCAUGUCGGCAGAAAAAGGUCAGGUGUCUACCGGCGUCUACGAGCGGUGGAGGUGCGCGAGGUGCUGCUGCCAACAGUGAUCAACCUGGACCAUGUCAACAGUGUAUAUCUGGAGGUAUAGAAUGCACUUAUCCUCCGACGAGGGAUAGAGCUGCUUAUUCCAGACAAUAUGUCCAGAAUCUCGAAGCGAGAGUCCAAGCCCUCGAGAUGACACAAUCAAGAAUGUUGCCCAUGUUGGACGUGUUUGAGAAAGAUCAUCCUGGCUUGAGAGGAGGAACUCCGAGCAUGCGAGCCGGAUCGAUUCCUGGACCUAUACCGGGUACCGCUACGGGACCCCACACGACCACGCUCAAGCUUGAACCGGGUAUCGAUCUCAGCAGAAUGUCAGAAGACAACGGUGGUGAUCAAGACAUGGAUGACGAUCCAGACCUCCACGAGUCAUCCGAAUCUUUAUCACCAGACGGUGGUCAGAUCACACAAGAUGACAGAGGCAAUUACAGAUGGAUCGGAUCCUCCAACACUCUCUCAUUACUCGACUCCCUCGCCCACAGGUCAUCCCCUCAAAUUCAAACGCCUCCUCUAGGUGGGGAGAAGGACGGCAAAGGAAGUGGAGCAGCUUCAGCAUCAUCUUCAAAUCCAUACUUUGGUCCUGUCGCUGGAUCAGGUGUCGUCAAUGCUUUGCCAGGAGUCAACGAGGUCAUUUUUCCGGAGGAGAAGCAAGGCGCUGCAAUGAUCGAUGCGUUCUUUCGGGACGUCUAUCCUAUCCUGCCCGUUGUCGUCGAGGAGGAUUUCAGGAAAGAACACGCGGCCAUCAUGGAGCGGCGGUCGAGGGGAGAGCCGGAGAAGCCGGGCGGGUUCAUUUCUGUCGUAUUCGCCAUCUAUGCAUUGGGAGAACGUGUCUUGGUGACUUCGCAAGCCUGGCAGAGGGAACGAAGCAAAGUCGACGAUAACAAGAUACCACUCGACGACGAUACAGUCUUGCCAGGGGAGGCCGAAGCCGGAGUGAUCUGGUACGAGAGAGCCCAAAUUCUCCACUACACGACGCUCAAAGACGUGAACAUCCAUCAGGUUCAGUGUCUCACCUUGAUGGCUGCUUUCCAGGCCAGUGUGAAUGCGAUGCCCAUGUCAUGGUUGCUGGCGGGUCAGGCUAUUCGGGUGGCUCAGGAUCUCGGACUGCACCGUUCGACGGCAAGAAUGGGUAUCAGCCUAGCAGAAAAGCAGAUCCGAGCGAGAUGCUGGUGGUCUAUCUACGGACUGGAGAGACUUGUUUCUGUAUCCCUGGGUCGACCACUCGGCAUUGAGGAUCUGGAUAUUGAUGUUGCUCUGCCCCUUCCCGUCGACGACACGGCCAUGCGGAGAUUUUCUAAAGACACGGACAUCCCAGAGGAGCCCGAGAAGUCGACCAUAUCUGGAUUUAUCGCCUUGACCAAGCUGUGUAAGAUCGCUGGUCGAGUCGCUCAGUUGCUGUAUCGCCCGUCCAAUGGCAGAUCUGUCUCGGACCCAAGUUGGUCAGCAUCGCAACAGAGCACCAUUAACAAGCUCGACCGCUUGCUUAAAGACUGGCUGGAGAAUGAUGUACCUUCAAAGUACAAAGAUCCAUCCUCAACGACAUCUCAUUCUGUCCAACUUGUGUCUGCCACUCUUUCCAACGCCUACUUCACCGUCCUUCUCACUCUUCACCGGAAUUUCCUACCCUCUAAUCCCGAUUAUCCACGCCCGAGACCUCCUUCCAAUUCUCAAUCCCUCUCUCAUCUCGUCGAAGCAGCUCGUUCCGUCAUUCACGUCGCAUCUCAACAGAGUGUCCUGUUGGCUCCCUCACACCAUCUCUCGGCGUACUGCCACAACCUGUGGUCAUCGGCGGUCGUGCUCCUCUUGUGCGAAGUACAAGCAAGGGACCAAAUCGUCAUUGAUGCUGUUGGCUCAAGCGUCGAGUCAUGCCGCAAGAUCCUGCAAGCUUUGGAACCUGCCUGGCCUGGAUCCAGAAAACUGAAAGAGCUACUAAAUGAUGCCGAGGCCCGAGCAAAGGAAGUGGCACUUGGGAACGCGUCCGGCGUCGCUCGACCCAUGAUGAAGAAGCGGAAGACAUCAUCUAAUGGAUCUGUCAGUUCGUCCACUGCCAAACGACCCUCUAUGGGACCUCCACCUGAUCGACAUUACCCCAAUGCAUCCCCUGUGGAUCCUCGAAGAGCAUACGAGACGAGUAAUACAAGGACAAUGGUUCGAGACGACGAUAUCUUUGCCAACUUUAGCAAUGGUGCUCAGCAAUCGCAGCAUCAUCAUCAUCAACAACAACAACAACCUCAGCGAUCUCCUUAUACUGCUCCAUCGAAUCAACUUCACUUCACCCCUAAUCAACUGAGCAAUGCGAACAAUAAUCCGUUCGAUUCGAAUCCAAACUUGUUCGACGUCGGAGGCGUAACGUUUGACGGACUGGAAAUGUUACAAGGAUUCACCAAUACCGAUGCUGCGAAUUUCUGGAACUCUUUCAUCAGUCCUACCGGUCAGGCCAACUAUGUCAUCUCUGGUCAAAAUACGCCAAACUCAAAUGGACCGAGUCCAGGCGGUAAUACGACCACCAACGGUAGCAUUUGGCAGCAGAACGCUCAGAUACCUGGCUCCACGCCACAAGCUUCGACGACCCAGAUCCCUGGUCAGUCGGCUCCGGGUUUGAGUCCUACCAGCCCUACAAACUUCAUGGGAGGUGACUUUUGGAGUCAGUUGGCACCUGGAGGAGGAUUUGACUGGGCAGCGGAUCCAAGCGUCCCCUUCAACAUCUGA